AUGCCUCCAAUUCGAGAACAUCAAUCACCUUUGGAGGCUCAACAAAAUCCAUCCGUAUCUUCUGAAGACGAAGAUCCAUCCUCUCCUGCUAAAAGUGAUAAAUCUAUGUCACCAACUGAUAAUGAUCGUAAACGCGGUAAACGAUCACCGAGUAUAAAUACACGAGCAUCGAGAGUUGGAGUUACGAAUUUUAUUAAUGUAAUAAAAAGUUUACAUCCAGGGGAAUCCUUAAAUUAUUUUCCUAUUACGAAAGAAACAUUACAACAAUAUAUUGAUUCUAAACGUAAAGCCCUCAUAAAAGCAGGAUCUUUAGAACAAUAUUUACAACAUAUUCAAGCUUAUAAUAUUGCACUUGGAUUUGGUUGGGAUGGCCACGUAUUUGGUCCAAUUAUUAAAAAAGCUUUAGAUGAAUUAAGAUCUUAUGAAGAAGAAGUAUCAAAAUCUUCUUCUCAAUCUAUUUUGUCAACACCUGUUACUUUAGAUGCUAUUGUAACAAGUAAUGCAUCUGUUCCCGAAGCAAUGAAAAUCGAUAAUAGAAAUCCUAAUUUAUUUACUAUUAAUGAAAGUGAUGAAAGGAUCGGUACUACGAUUUACGUAGAUCUUGAAAACGACAUUUCAUCCCUCAGAGAACAAGAAAAGGUUUCUAAAGUAAUACCUAUAGUCUGUUUCGAUACUACAAAGAUUCCAUUCACUAUCAUGGAUCAACAUACCAGAAUAAAUCUUGAUAAUUUAAAUUUCUCAGAUACAUUACAGAAUCUUCGACAAUUAUAUUCUAAUAUUUCUUUCGUAAACCUUCCAAAAUCUUGGGGAUCUGUAGAUAUUUCACGAAUUUAUUAUCGAAUUGGAACACAAGAUGAUUCGCAACAUUUUGGAUUAUUUGAUGAAUCAACAUUUAAUCGCUUUUGGGCUAGUUAUGAUGACCGUGAGGCUGGAAAAGAUGUUCAAUUGGUUAUUUAUCGUAAUGCAGAUCCUUCGAUUGUAAAUACAUCAGAAAUUAGCCCAGAACUUUUUGGUUCACAAAGUAAAUCAAGUAGAAUAACGUAUAUGGAUCGUAGAUCUGAUAUUCCUAUUUUGAAGUCUGUAACCAUUAGGUCACCAACUACUGUGUACAAACAAAAAGUAGCUGUUAGUGACACAACGACUUUUUCAUCAUUAAUUUCAUUCGCAAUUAAAGCGAUUCCUCCGGCUGGAAAGCAAUUUGUUAUCCGAGCAUCUGAUGGUUCAUUCGAAUAUGUACCGGAAGAUACUAUUAGAGAUGUUAUAGUGGGCGUUGAACAUACCGAUUUAAUUGUUACCGUCGAAGAUAUUAAACAAAUUGAUUUUGAUUACUUUUAA